AUGGCCAACACCAAUGGCCCCAACGGCACCACGAACGGCCUCCCCCUAGAGAAGGAUUUCUCCCACACCGACGCCCUCGAGCGCGUCCGCACCGCCGGCUCCGUCAGCAUCUCCCCCGAGCUGUUCGAGAAACUGUAUUUGAGUCCGCCUAAUAAAGCCACUGGUGACUUGAGGAAGCGGUUUGGGAAUCCCACGCCUUUAGCACUCAUCGGAUUCCUCCUCAGUCUGACCCCGCUAUCAUGCGACCUCAUGGGCUGGAGAGGCGCGGGGGGAAAUGGUGCUGCUAGUACUGGAGCAUUCUGGGGCGCCUUCGGUAUGACACUCGUCCCCUUCUUCAACGCCUAUGGCGCCUACGUCACCGACCCCGCCAUGGCAGAGCCGCAGAUGGGAAAUCCAGGGAACCCGUUGGGAUUGCAGACGCCGGCUUUUAAUGCUAGUUUUGCGUUUUUCUUGUUGUUCAUGGGGCUCAUCUGCUUCCUCUUCCUGAUACUGAGUCUAAGGACGAAUGGCGUAUUCUUCAUGAUCUUCCUCUCGCUUGUUGGUGCGUUCAGCUGUCUGGCGGCCGCGUACUGGAACCUUGCGCUCGUGUAUGAGAAUGCUAUGAAUGCUUCUGCGGCGACGAAGGCUGCGAACUUGACUGUGGCCGGCGGCGCAUUCGCCUUCGUAACAUGCAUGUGUGGGUGGUACUUGCUUUUGGCCAUCAUGCUGGGCAGUCUAGAUUUCCCGUUUAGUCUGCCGGUUGGGGAUUUGAGUCGCUUUAUUAAGGGCGGGAGUGAGAAGAUGAAGGGGAGUGAUAAUGUUUGA